AGCUGAUGCAGAGGGAGUGAGAUACACACGCCGGAGGACAGUCUCAUACGAACUUCUGCGGGGAGAUUUCUUCCACUUGCUCCGUAUUUUGGUGAAAAGUGACUUCUUCUGUUAUUCAUUUUUUCCCUCUUGAUUCCAGCUUUUCCAGCACUGCUGAAGGAAUAUUUAGGAAUACUGAUACUGAAGAGCUUGACAGAGGAUGACAUUUGGGCGAUUUGUCCGUAUUUGAAGUCAGCCUUGGUACGAAACGUUGGACGCGCAUUGCGCUCAUGGUCCUGGGAUUACCGCACUACUGAAUUGAUCAUCAUGAACCGUGCUGGUAAAUGAUAUUCGAUCCUGCGUUCAAUCGUUAUAUGCCGCCGUCCUAUUUCGUGCUCCGAUCCAGAUGAGAGAUCCCCCCAUUGGAACUGAAACGCUUUUACGCAGCCAGUCCCAGGAGCGCAGCGCCAACAACGCAAGCGGUGAUCUACACCGCAUCGAAGCGGACAGACCAUCCGUUUUCAAAGCCACAUCUUUUCCCUCUCCUGCGGAUCCCUCGCGCCAGGCUAAAAGGCUCCCUAUCCGGAUCAUAAAGAUGUUGACGGCGCACAGCGGCCACUUGCUGCACCCGGAGUACCUCCAGCCUCUCACGUCCGCGCCAGUCAGCAUUGAACUGGAUGCCAAGAAGAGUCCUUUGGCCCUGCUGGCCCAGACCUGCUCUCAAAUUGGCAAACCCGACCCGUCCUCUUCUUCGAAGCUGGCCUCCCUCUCCUCUGGCAGUCUAGGAGACAAGGAGUCAUCCAGCCGAUCUUCCAAGUCCGGGGAGCAGCACCACUCCAGCGAGGACAAGUCCAGCUUCAAGCCUUACUCCAAAUCCCCAGGCGACAGUCGUAAGGACGUUUCUAUGACAAAGGGGUCUUUGGAUAAAGCAGCCUUCAGGGUGCCAAAUGGAAGCUCCAGCAGUGGCGCUGCUUCAUGUCCAUCUUUUCCUCCUCAUUCCCACUCACCCAGCUCCAGCUCUCCUCCCCUGCACACCCAGAGUCAACCCCACAGACAAAGCCAUUCCCCCUCCACACAGCCCCCGCCAAACUCCCAGGCCCCGCACACGGACAACAAACCCGGGAACUCAGAGCAGGCUGGCUCGGACAGUAACAGCAAUAGUGCCUGCAAAAAAGACUCGGAUGCAGCUAAAACAGGGAUGGAUGGGGCUCAGUUAGCCAACUCGAGUCACAUAAGGGCCAGCGCCAACUCCAGCAAUGCCAGCUCUGCCAGCAGCCCGCGGCCGGAGAGCAAGGCUGACCCACAAGCCUCCUCACAGCCGAGCCUGGGCUCUGGGCACAUUGCCCCUGUCUCCCCUUUUAAACCAGGACAUUCUGUCUUCCCCUUGCCUCCUGCUUCCAUGGGCUACCAUGGUUCCAUUGUGGGGGCCUACGCUGGCUAUCCCUCCCAGUUUGUUACUGGCUUGGAUCCCACCAAGUCUGGUUUGGCGUUGGGACUUCCAGGGAAGCACCCCAGCUCCAGCCCGCUCACUGGAGCUUCACCUCCAUCCCUGAUGCAGGGUUUAUGCCGGGACCCAUACUGUCUUACUUACCACAAUGCACCUCACCUUGGAGGAAGUAACUGCACCACCUGUGUCCACGAUCCCAACACCCUUAAGUCUGGUUACCCCCUGGUUUACCCCUCCCACCACCUACAUUCCCUGCACUCCAGUGCAUUGUCUUCCAGCACCACCCCUACCCUGUCCCAUCCACUCUACACCUACGGCUUCAUGCUCCCCAAUGAGCCGCAGCCUCAUGCCUGUAACUGGGUGUCGGUUGGAGGUCCAUGUGACAAACGUUUUGCCUCAUCAGAGGAGCUACUAGCCCACCUGCGCACUCACACUGCUCUGUCGGGCAUGGUGGACAGUAAAUUGUUGUCAGCAUAUCCUUCAUCAGUUUCAUCUUCAGCCUCUUGCCACCUCCACCUGCCCCCACCCAGCAGCCCAGGUGCCCUUCCUAGCUCCUUCUCCCUCAGAGGUUCCCCUGGUUUGGGCCUGGCUCGCUAUCAUCCUUACAGCAAGUCCCACAUGCCUGGAGCCCCAGGGCUUCCCAUGCCAUCCCUCCCCUCCUCGUCAGCCUAUUACUCCCCCUAUGCUCUCUACAGCCAGAGACUGGGCUCAGCCUCAGCGCUCGGAUACCAGUGAUAUUUGAAAUAGUGUUAACGCCACUGACUGCAGGCACCAGCUUGGACUCUCCAGAGUGGUCCUAAAGAUGGAUUCUUGAAAUUGGGGUCAUCAUCGGUACAGGGCAUCAUGCCUGCUGGCCUGCCUGCCAGGAAUGCCACCUGUUAGCCUCAGGAUUGUGACUGGCACCGCAAAAGCAGAGAUCCUAUGACGGAUUGUCUGCAGCACAGAACCAACAGACUUUAGCGAUUAAAAAAAUGGCGGGACACAGAGCUUGAAAGUGAUGGAAUUGUGGGAUUAUUGCAACAGUCUUGACUUUGUUUUCUGUUUUAUUUUACUCAAUAUCCGUCUCUCAGAACUGAAAGUCUGUAUUUAUUUUUCACUUAAGCGCUUGGUAUUCAACUCUGGGGGAAAGUUUUGCUUUCCGAAUAAAUUGUUCUCAAGUAUUCUAACUGCAAAGAAUGAUUUAAUUAUAGUACCAUUAUGCCUAUCAUACACUCUAAAAAUAAAAACCUUGCACCAUGAAGAAGAUGGACUGUGAGGCUUUAUUCUGGGGACCUUUUUUAUUCUCCUUUUAACUCUGCUGUUAUAUUUGUUUCUUCUUCAUCCUCCUGUUCAGACUCUGGAGAAUUGCAUGUCCAUGAGAAUGAUUUUAAACAAUGCCAUUAUUUUUAUUUGUAAAUAUGCAAAGAUGUAAUAUUUUUUCAAGCUUGCUUGGGGUCAGCAAGUUUGGGUCACCCCUGCAAACGGUACAAAGAUAAGGAGAAAUGACAUAAAUAAAAUUAUUAUUGAUGGCUGUGCUAUCAAACCAACAAAAGAUGUCUUAUUUUGUUUAAUAAACAAUACAAGAUUGCAUAUUA